AGACGAUGAAACUGAGUAUCUAUUCUAAAAUCACUACUUUUCUUUUACGUUCAUUAUUCUUUUUUUUUUACUAUGUCAAUGUUUUCCUUUUAAAUCUGUUAACGCUGGUCCAGAAAGGGGAACGGCCGUUACUUGACCUUGUGCAUCGGAAAGCAUCUAAUUUUGCACUUUUAAUAAAAGUAUUUUUAUUUAAAAAUAAUUUUUGUAUGAUUUUUUUUAUUUAUCGAAUGAGUGACACCUCGGGUAACCUGUUCUUGACACCUUUAUAAGCAUUGACGGAUGUAAGUUGCCUUUAGGAAGAAUACAGGUGGGAGGGUGAGUCAUAUUCUGCGUUCAGAAGAGACUGAGAAUGUGCGUUUCGCUAUUCCAGUGGUUUAUUUCUUCCAUAUUUAGAAGAUGACUCAGUGUUUAUGUUUGCUUAGGAAUAACAUUAAAGGUUAUCUACAAUGUGAAAGAAGAAUAUGGAAUAGAAAGGCGAAGAAUCGGCAAAGAGUUUGUCAUGGCUGUUCGUUGUGUUGAUGUUCAUCAAGUGGCAUCAGUUAUUAAGAACAGGAAUGAGUCUGUUCUGAUCAUUGACAGCCGAUCUUUUAUAGAGCACAAUGCUUGUCAUAUUUCAACCGCAGUAAAUGUUUGCUGCUCUAAAAUCGUUAAAAGAAGAUUACAGCAAGAUAAGUUAUCUGUCAAAGAAUUAUUGAUUCAUACAUGCAGCCAUUGUGAUAUUGAAGAAAAGUUAGAUGUUGUUGUGUAUGAUCAAUCUUCCAAGGAUAUUGAAAGUAUACCUUCAGAUAGUUUCAUUCUCAUUCUGCUGAAGAAAUUGCAAGUUGUCUUUCAAAGCGUCAAUUUGCUUUCAGGUGGGUUCAAUGAUUUUCAAAAAUACUACCCAGAAUGCUGUGAAGAUAAGACUCGGGCACCACUUACAUCACUUUCACAACCAUGUUUACCAAUCUCUGGACCUACAAGAAUUCUGCCAUUCCUUUAUUUAGGCUCACAGUUAGAUGCUUUGAAUAGAGACCUUCUCAGGGAUCAUAACAUUACUUAUGAAUUAAAUGUCAGUACAUCUUGUCCUCGACCAGAAUUCCUACCUGAAGGUCAUUUCAUGCGUAUUCCUGUCAAUGACACUUAUAAUGAAAAAUUACUGCCUUUUUUUCCACAAGCUUUUCAUUUCUUGGAUAAGGUUCGCGAAGGAAGUGGGUGUGUUUUAGUUCACUGUUUGGCUGGUAUAUCAAGAUCUCCCACUGUAGCUAUUGCAUAUGUGAUGCGUUAUCUACAUUUAUCCUCUGAUGAUGGUUAUAGGUAUGUAAAAUCUAAACGUCCAACAAUUUCACCAAACUUUAACUUCCUUGGGCAGCUAUUAGAAUAUGAAAAACAACUCCGUAAAGAAAGCACAUUUGAUGGGAAGCCAACAGCUCCACCUGUAUGCAGCAAAAAACGUGUUUGCAGAACAGACAUGCGAACUUCUAAACUUUCUUUGGACAUUGAUCUGAAAAGAAAUGAAACAAACGUUUUUACCUUGCCUCGCAGUGGAGAUCAGUCUCCAACUACAGCACUUGCCAAACUUAGUUUCGAUAUCCAGAACUCUCCGUCAGUCCAUGAAAGGGAACCUACAGACUUUAAGCAAUUCAGAAGCAAAAGUUGUUAUGGGGAUUGGCUUCGUGAUCGUGACGAAAGAAAGACAAAAGAUUGUAAUGCAAUAACAAAAGUAUUGUCUCCAGUUAAAGAAAUUAAAUGUGAUGCCCUUAUAUCUGAAAUCUCGACUGGACAAUCAGAAAGAAAUUUAGCCAUGAACAAACAGCGAAGGCAAUCUAUGUUUUGUGCUAGGGAAGAGAAGCAUUCGUUUUCUAAUGUUGGUAAGACUGCAUGUUCUGAGAGAUUUUCCAUCCACACUUUAACCCACCAAUCAACAUUCGCCUACAACGAUCAACAAAAAGUGAAAUCUAGGUUAAGUGACACUUUUGAAAGUAAAGUUUUUUUCUUUGGUAAAGAUGAAACGAAAAAAGAGAAUCUUUUGAGAGAAUCGGGGCACAGACGAAUUUUGCGUGUCUCACCAGAGAGGUUACAAAAUCCAAAAAAAGAACACCCAGAAUCACAAUCUAAGCUCUCGCCAUUUUCAUUCAACUCAGAGCAAUGUAACCGUUCAGAUUCUGUAGGAACGUCAGGUUUUGGGAGUGAAAGUUCAGACUAUACUGAUAAUGUGUGCGAAACGAGUAAAAAACCGGUAGGUCAUGAUAUUGACUUUGAUGAACUUGAAGAUGAUGUUCUCAUGCGGAGUGGAAAACUAAAUACAUCCUUAAAAUAUGGUGCUAAUAGUAGAACUUUUUUUUCUUUGUCAUUUCAACCUGAAACUGCAUCUGAAUAUUAUCAGAAUUUAGAAAGUCCUUUAAGUCCGUCAGAAAGUCAUUUGUUGGAAGAUUUAGAGACUGAAAAAGAUACAGUCAAAACAGGUCCGUCAAGUCCUUGUCAGACCAGUAGUCAAACUGAUGAUAUAGAAAUUUUCCAUGACUCUGGCGUCCCAAUAUCACCUCCUUGGAUUUGGCCUAACAAAGGAACCACUAGUUCUAACGUGCCUCAAUGUUCUCCGACCAAAGAUAAAAGACAACCAUUUAAAGAACCAAUUUCUACACAUCAAUUUAAGUUUAGGACGUUUUGGUACAACAAAAAUUCUUAUGAAUCGAGGAUGAACGAACAAUCCUUAAACAGAGGUGCUUACAGUGAUAAAGUAGGACUGUAUAGGGUACAAUCAUGUCCUGGUAUUAUCUCUUAUGAGUCUUCCUUCUGCAUGCUAGCAGAACAAUCACAGAAAUACUCCAGGAAAGAUUUCGAAAAGAAAGAUAUUCUAUCCCAUGAAUCUUGUCCUGAUGUAUUACAUUUGAGAGAUAAUUUUGAGUCACAACGCCAAAGGGAUUUUCGUAGAAAUGUACGAACAAUUCAAGUGUCUUAAGUCCAAUUUUUCGAUUUCAUUCCAAUUGAGCAUAUCAAAUACAUUUUGACCUGCGAAUAUUUUGCUGCUUCUCUGCUACAUUAUUUCAAGUUUCUUCAGUGGGAUGAAGAUGCUGUUAUUCUUAGCUUGUUCUUCGUAUCAAUUUCAGUUUGGAUCUGACUUUCUUUUAAUUUGAUAAGGAAAUUUUUAAAACGGAACUAAAUUUUGAUCUCAGAUGAUUUUUAUGAAUCUUUAGAUUUCAAAGUAAAUUAUGUGAGUAAUUUCGUAGAAAUUUUUAUUUAUUUAUUAUGUAAUAAGUAGGGUUGAAAGUUUGUGACCGAAAUUCUCGGAAGAUUCGCUCUAACAGCUUCCCUUCCCCCACAUAGACAUAUAACAAUUCUGAAAAAAGAUAGCUACACAAAGAAAACAAAAAAGAGAAUAAAGGAGAAAGCAAUAAAAAAAUUAAUAAAAGAAAAAAAAUUAAAACUAAAAAUGCAAAAAAAAAUUUUUUUAAAUUAGGAAGAGUAAAAAUUAAUUACGAAAAGAUAUAACUUUUCUUGCAAUCCACAGAAUGAUAAUAGCAAUAUUAGCACAGAUUAGUGCUUUCCGAUAUCGUAUUAAUAUGGCCAAAGCAAUAUAUAAAUAUAUCAAAGCAAUAUAUAUACAUAUAUAUUUAAUGAGAUGUGAAAUAUUGAAAUACCCUCAAAAAUGACAAUUUAUUUUAAUUUAUAACCGACGUUGAACAGCCGAGGCAAUUCUGAGUUUAUGACUAUCAAUGUUCAACUCCUUAGCCUUGAUUUUUGAACCCAACUCAGAAGACAAGGGUAGAUCAAGCAAAAGGGAGAAACAAGGCUUCGUGGAGGACUUUUUAAUGGAACUAACCCGUAUUUACGUAACACGGAGAAUAAAACCUCCCACGGUUGGCCCAACGGCAAGGAGGUUAUAACCUAUGAUCUGUCUAGCACUGAGAUAUUGGUGCAGCCAGCACGGUGGCAAUGUAAGGCUGGAGCAGAAUUUGUACCACCAGAAACCGCUGGGUUUCGAAUCUGGCUCACCUCAUAGUGAGGCGAAUGCUCAAUCCCUUAAGCCAACAUGACUCUCAUUUUGAUAUUGAUUUGAUGUUAUAAUGUAAGUAAUAAAUUUAAAAAAAAAGAAAUCUCAACUUUUAAAAAUAUUUCUCAAAAAUCGUAGUAUUGAAAAAAUCGUGGCAAUCUGUUAUGUGCGACAAGCUUGCAACCCUAACCCUUCAUAAAUGAUACUUCUAUCAUUAAGGAUUAUUUAUAAUGAUAAUAAUAAAUAAAUAUUUAAAUUUUAGAAAGUUCAAAUAAAAAACUGAACAUAUUUUUUUGUAGUUGUGUGAAUUCCAAACUUUUAGAAUUUAUUUACAGAAGAACAAGCUAUCCUAUUUAAAAUUUGAUUUGCUUUAAAAUCAAAAUUAAAUAUGUUCAAUAACUUAUUAUUUUCAAGUGAUAUCUUUUUAUUUUGCUAGUCAUUUUAUUUUUCAUCAAAAUUAUAUCAAAUUUCUGUAUUUAUUCUUUGUUUUCAUUGCUUCAAAAUAAUGAUAGUAAUUAUAUGUACUAAUAAACAACAUAAUACAUUGAA